AUGUUAGCCAAACAAUUCAUAUUUGGGACCCUUCUUCUGGUGCUAGUAAACGUAAUUUCCGCGGAAUACGAUGUGGAUGGCGUAUGCACAUUGGUCUCAGAUGGCGUUCGCAUUGGCAGCAUCGAAUCUUGUCUAAAAUACUACAUCUGCAACAACGGCAAGGCUACAGCUUAUACCUGUCCUUCCGGCACAAAAUUUAGCAAAAACUCGCAAGCUUGUCUAACCGCAGCCAACGUCAAUUGCUAUUUUGGUGAAACAACUCCCUGCACUGGCAAAACUGGGGUGUUCGUGCCCAAAACUGGCUCUUGCAAUGGCUGGAUCUACUGUAAAAAUGGUCAAGAAAUCAGCAGCGGCACCUGUAGCAACAACUUAAUUUUCCGCGAUGGCGAGUGUAUAUAUGGCGACUGUGCCAAAUCUGUGAACACACUGGAUGCAAGUUUUACCUCCAUCUGUCAGGUACUGCCGAACAACAAAUACUUUGGAAGCACAACGGACUGCACCAAAUGGCAAAUUUGCAGGAAUGAGAAGUUGAGCGUAGGUGUUUGCAAAGGUGAUUUGGUGUACGAAGUUCCAUCUGCUACUUGCUCCUACAAAACUGCAAGCACCUGUUCGCACGUCACUGGUAUCAAGGUGCAACCGGAUGUGGAAGUCUUUGGCAGUUGCACUGAGAAUGGCGCACUUAAGUCUACCGGCAUUUGCAGCGACUACUUAAAAUGUACAAACGGUCAAUGGACGCGCCAGUCUUGUACAAACAACUUUUUCUUUGACACUGUGAAGCAAACUUGUGUGACCCGUAAAGCUGCUGUGACAACAGAUUGCGAUCGUUGUCAAUUCACGAAAAAUACAUUCGUUAACGCUGUUGAUGUGGAAUGUCGCAAAUAUUUGAUUUGUUCAAACGGCGUCCAAAAGAGUUCCAAUUCCUGCGGUUCAGCCUACUACUUUGAUGAGAGCUCUCAAGCUUGCAUGAAAAUCAGUGGAACUGUUGAUCUCGCGGCAGUUAGUGGGGCGUGCUAUACAGCUCCUACAAGUGGAGCAGGUGAUUCUGAUAACAGUGGCGACACCAGUGGCAGUAACAGCAGUGAUGGCACCAGCGGAGAUACCAGUGACAGUGGUAGCAGUGAUGCUGCCAGCGGAGACGCCAGCGACAGUGGUAGCAGUGAUGCCGCCAGCGAGGACUUUACUGGUUUCGGUGGACCCCCUGAUGCCGUUUCUACCAUAUUCCCAAAGUUCAUCAAAAAAUGUGAAGAUUCGAUCUAA